AGUUUGGUUAAGAAAUGAAAAGUCUGAUUCGUGAGCUUAGCCUUUGCAAUGUUUGCUUGGUUCAGGGUUUUGCUUCCGUGAUUAUAAUUGUUUUCUUCGUUAAUAGUACUUAUGGUGCAUUGGAGCCAGUGAACGAAGGUGGCAUUCAAGAUUCAGCAUUUUCCAAGGGAAACUAUACAGUCAAAUCUAGGAAACUAUUGGGCUUACCUGAUGACGAUGAUGGCUACAUGAACCGCUUUGGGUCGAUAUGUUCGAAGGACAACAUACUCGUAUUCCAGGGUCAAACGACACCAUUACCUAAUGGAAUUCCGACGUACACAGUCGAUAUCCAGAAUGCUUGUACCUCAGGAAGUUGUAGCAUUUCUAAUAUUCAUCUCACCUGUGGAUGGUUCAGCUCAGCAAGGUUGGUUAAUCCGAACGUGUUUCGUCGUAUUGGAUACGAUGAUUGCCUUGUGAAUGAUGGGGAGCCGAUGAAUCCUGGAGAUUGUCUUUCUUUUCAGUAUGCUAAUACUUUUGAGUAUCCACUUGCAGUAUCAUCUGUAGCUUGCACGUAAAAUGUUAUGCUAGGGUUUGCAUGGUUUGUUUUGAGUUCUGAUGGAAUUUUGUGUGUAUGUUGCCCUAAUUAAAUCUAUGUUUAUGUUGCAAUGAAAUUUUAGAUUUUCG